UUCAAGUAACUACAGGCAUGCAGGAGAGAAAUGUGAAAUAUGUAGACAGCCCUUACAGGGUCUCAGAUGAGGGAGUAAAUAAGGAGGAAGAUAACAGGCAGGCAUCAACACUGGAGGACUUUACUAACAGAGCGGCUAAAGUCAUUCAGAGAACGUGGAGGAAGCAUGUUAAUGUUACUGUUUUCAAAUACCUCAAGAGGCUCAUAAGCUUCCGGCAUCAAGGUGAUCCACAGUUCCUGCUCAAAUAUGUCAACCCCAUAGAGGCUAAAAUGUUGGAUGCUGCAGCUGGUGUCUUUAUACGAUUCAGACUGGGUGGAACAAGCUUUCCUCCGAACAUCUACUACAAAAUAUUUACCCAUCGGCCCAUAGUGGAUCUGUGUGCCAGCAGCCCUAAAGACUACACACAUGCUGGGCAAAAGAGACCCGUGCCCGAGCAGGUCCAUAACGGCCAGCCACUGAUUCAUGACGACCGCUCUUGUUGGUACCAUCGGGUGGAGAAUAACGGCUGGAGGUUACUUUCUGGCAAGAUUAGCACAUAUGGAGAUCCUAUCACUCAAGAUACGAGUAGCAGAAGGACUGAAUUUUACCACUGCAAAUUAAUCAGACGUCAAGACGUCGAGAGAAAGAAAAAGAUCCGAAAAAUCGAGUGGAUGAAAAAAAUGUACGAUGAGGGAGCCCUGCACGCCCAAACUGAGAAUAAAGAAACAGCCCUGCUGGUCGAGAGCUCCACACAGGGCAUGAUUCACACAGCUGAGCAACUCGGACCCGGCGGCGUCUUCGACUGGGAGGUCGAUGAGCUGAUCGAGUGGACCAAUGCCCUCAACUUUGAUGAGUAUAUAAAAGAAUGGAAGGAUUUGGCCGUCAGUAAAUCUUCAGUGUUAAUAAAAGAUGAGCAGCUGAUUUUCUCUGGUCACGACCCCUGUGAGUUCACCCAGUUCGAGGCCACCAACACUGGGGUGGAGGUCUACAGUAUUUGUGCCCCCUCAGCUCAUGUCUCCAAUGUGAUCAGAUCACAGUAUUUAAACACCAGCAUCUCUGAUUUAAUAGUUUGAGUAAAUAUAUGGCAUUGUCACUGCU